AUGUCGUCGGACGAGCCCAGGGAAGUCGACCCGUCCGAGUUCGUGCAGCGCAUCCGGCGCCUGGGCGACCAGCGAGACCACGAGGACGCCGAGCGUGUCAAGAAGCUGGAGGAAGAGCUGCUCCAGGGCCGCAGCGAGCGACUAGCGCGGCGAGCAGAACGAGCCCGCUCAAUUUCUCCCGACAAGCCAUACACUCCGCAAUCGCCACGCUCCGCCGCCGGCACCCCCAAGGCCGUCCAGGACAAGGCUGCCACGACGCCCGCGCCCACCAUGAGCCCCCCAGCGCCCGACGCCGCCCGCGACGACGCUCUGCACCAGCUCACCAGCACCCCGCCGCCCAUGGCCACGCUCGAAGACGUCGAGCCCAAGAAGCCCGCCGCCAAUGCCGCUGCUUUGGGGCGCACCGGCACGCUGUCGUGGACGCAGAGACCCCAAUCCGGCAGCAUACGCCGCCCGCUCUCAAUCGCAUCGCGCUCGCCCGAACGGCCGUCUUCGAGCAAUACGCCCGAGCCUUCGUCGCCCGAGCCCAGCAUCUCAAGAAGCUCCAUUGCGGCCUCGCUAGGCGCAAAGGACCCUGCCUUCUUCAGACAGACGCCCGACAACGGGAGAGGCUCCGCGGCGUUUAGGAAGAACCAGGACGACACCGCUUCUGAGACCGGGUCGGUGUCAGGCAGGAGGCAGUUGCCAGGCAUGGCACGUGAGUCAGCCACGGAGCAAGACAUUGGCAGCCCGCCGGCGGAGAGCGCACGCUCAAGCUCGCCAGGCUCACGGCGAGGCUCGGUCCGUGACAGCACCGUCAUGAGCAACCGCUUUUCCAGCAACACGUCAAUAUCAGGUGGUGAUUCAGAAUCUGUGGCAAAGGGAAAGACGCCGCUGCCCACGAUGGACUCCCAAAAGUUUGCUCCACCGUCUGAGCAGGGCUCCUCGGUCGACGGCGGGGACAACGAUCGUGCGGCCCGCGGGCUUGCCAUGUCACCAACCCAAGGGAGAAUCUCGCCAGAGCGUGAGCGCUCUACGUCACCAACAAAGGGCAUGGGUGGCUUUGUGCAGAGUGCCAUGCUCAAGCGAAGCGACAGCGUAAGCAAGCGUUGGAGCACACAGACACCGCCUGGCCUGAGCAGACAGAAUUCGUCACUGAGCAAUCGCGGAAGUGUCUAUGGCUCACUCUCAAAUGUUGACCGACCUGUCUUGACUAGAGACAACUCUAUAGAGCCAUCCCGCCCCAUGUCGAGCCAUAGCAAUGCAACCAUCACUGGUACGGAAAAGGACAGCCCACUCAAGGACGAAUUCGUCAAGCCAGCUUUGCCACGCCACAGCAGGGCCAAGUCAGUCGCAUCGACUUUUAGCGAAAAGGACGCACCACAGGACGACACGUCUCCCCCGAGUCCCUCGAAGCGAUGGAGCCCCACAAAAUCAAGUUGGUUGGAGAGCGCCCUGAGCAGGCCAGAGUCUCCCAAGCCAAAGCCAAAGCAAGCUCCUCCCGCCCAACCCGCGUGGAUGGCUGAGAUCAACCGCAUAAAGCAACAGCGUAGCAGCGUUGACCUGGGCAAAGGCAGUCCAUUCGGUGAGUCUUCCGGAUCUGGCCGAACAUCACCCAUCAAGGAUAUACAACUCAAGCCAGUGGGUCUCCGGCGCCCCGAGUCUCCCAAGAAAGAGGAGCCAGCUGAGCCUAAGAAGAUGGAGACGCUCAAGGAGCAAUCCCCGAGCCUCGCACCCGCGCUGGCGCUGAGGCCUCUCUCUCCUAAGAAGGAGGAGCCCAAGCCUCUAGAAAAGACACCGGCUCCUGAAGAGCCUGCACCCUCAGAAGACGCCCCUCAACAGACUCCCGAUGAGGCGUCCAUACCCUCUCCUACCAAGUCACCGACAGCCCCGUCGGCCACCGAAGAAAAACAAACGCCGGUAGAUGACAAGCCCGUGGCCUCAAGGUUCGGUAAAGAUAUUGGCCGUAGUUCUCCAGUUGCAAAAUCGGGGACGCCGCCACAGAAGGACUUCCGCGCUGGGCUAAAGUCACGUCAGCCGGUAAUGGAUAACUCAAAGAAAGACGAAGUCAAUGAGUUCCAAAAUGUCUUUGGCAGGCUAAGAAAGGCAGAAACGAAGAAUUAUGUUGCUCCCGAUGUCCUAAAAGACAACAUCACCAGAGGCAAGGAGGCUCUGAACAUAACUGGUGGCCCCAAGCCUUCAGUCCGAAAGGAUGAGUUCAGAGAGAGUCUCAUCAAGAGGAAAUCAACCAUCUUUGAUAAAGCUCAAGAGGAGGGUUCUACGCUGAAAAAGUCGAGCAUCUCGAAACCGUCCACUCCCGUCCCCGAAGCUAUCGCAAAGCAAAAGGGUCUGCAACGAAGAGACAGUGAUGCUAGGGUAGUGCCUCCGCCCAAAGAGAAGGACCCUGUGCCGGAAGCGCUGGCCAGAAAGAAGAGUCUCGGAGCUAUAAAGCCCAUUCCCGAAACCAAGGACCCUGUGCCGGAGGCUCUGGCCAGAAAGAAGAGCCUUGGGGCUAUAAAGUCCAUUGCUGAAAACAAGGACCCUGUGCCGGAAGCUUUGGCAAGAAAGAAGAGCCUCGGGGCUAUAAAGCCCAUCACCGAAAACAAGACUGCCCAGCCUGCUCCCUUGUUUGCUAAGAAGGAACCAACCAUGUCUGGUAAGCUGGCGGGUCGUUUCAACCCUGCUUUAGCUGGUAUGCUUGCUCGGGGUCCGCCCCCGAUGGCAACGGACAGAUCUUCAUCAAGUGCUGAUGUAGAAACGUCCCCUACCAGGCCGGCGCAAGAGGAAAAGGCUGGGCCUGCACCAGAGCUGCAACAUAUGACCAAAGGUCGUGCUCGUGGACCCAAGCGAAGGGCACCGGCCUCGAAAAAAGCGACGACUGAAUCGGAGAAGACUCAAGAGGAAGUGCCUCCUGCUACUACUGCCACUGCCGCUGCCGCCGCUGCUGCUCUCCCCUUGGUGAAUUCCGAGCCUGUCCUUGCUAGCUCUGAGCCUCCUAAAACUAACGGACAACCAGAGGAGCGACCAGUAGCGAGGACGCCGGCUAGGCCGUCAUCGAUCGAGAAGCCUGCUAUACCAGCCAAGUCACCGCGCGUUUCCUCAGGGAACUUCGGGAAAGCCUCUACCCCUGAGCUUCCAAAGAAACCAGACUCGCUGGAGCCAAAUAGGAGAAUUUCUGGGUCUCAAACUACCACGCCCAAGGCCUCGCCUCGGCCAGAGUCCAUCGGCUCACCCAAGCCCUCGUCACCAGGGAUUCCAAAGAAACCCACGUCCUUGGAAUUCGAGAGAAAGGUGUCCGGAUCACAAAAUACAUCGUCAAAGUCCCCACUAUCAACACAGGUUGAAACACCAAAACCGGUAUCGUCAUCGCCAUCUCCUCACUCUCGAUUUUCACGUCCGCUGCCCACAUUGCCUUCCAAGCCUGCAAUAGCGGGUGCCAAAUCGGCCCCAAUAGGGUCGAUUUCAACGCCGAACUUGGAGAUCACGCAAGCCAGAGAUGGUUCGUCGCCCGAAAAGAUGACAUUUUCAUCAGUCAAGAACGCCAGUGCUCUGUGGGGUAGACCGUCUGCGCCUUCAUCGCCAGCGCCACUCAGAGUAAAGUCACCGAUCAAGCUUCCGACACAAGCAGACGAACAAGCUGCGAUGAAGGAUGCUGGUCUAAUUCGCACUCCCGAGCCAGAUGCAAAGGCUUUGCCCAGUCUCCCUCAGACUGAGUCGGAGUCGCCUGUCGAAGCGAAGCCGCUGCCGCCGAAGCCAAAGCCUAUUGGACUGGGCUUCAGCUUAGGGAGUUUAGGUGGACUGGUAGCAUCCCGAUCACGUGAAUCAAACCCUCAAAUUCCCAGGGUUGUGCCCAUGUCACCACCAGGAAGCGCAAAUAGGCCGUUGUCCGAGCCUUCUAUUGCAUCGCCAACGGUGAAGAAGAACGAUGGCAUGUUUGCAGAGUUUUUUGAUGAAGCCCCAGUGACCGAAGGCCAGCUACCAGAGCACAUCGACACAAUGCAAAUACUAAAGUCUCCACCAAUUGAUCUGGGCCCCGCCGGAAAGGUCCGCACUCUACGCAAGCAGAUAGAUGAGGUGAGCGGCGAUGGAAAACUUGCCCCUAUUGCGCCGGCAGAAGAGCACAUCUUGUUCCAAGACUCUAUGUACCUGUGUACACAUGUGUACGAAGACUCCAGAGGUGGCAAACAUACCGAUGUCUACCUGUGGGCAGGCAACAGCGUGGCAGAGCCGACAAUAGAAGACGUUCAGCUUUUCUCAAAGAACUACGCACGUCAAAGUCAAGGCCGGUUGCUGGUCAUUCGACAAGGGCAGGAAACACCAAACUUUUUCGAGGCUCUGGGCGGCAUCGUCAUUACCAGGCGUGGCACAAAGCCAGGAUCAAAGGAGUUUAUGCUGUGUGGUCGUCGUCACAUGGGACACCUUGCGUUUGACGAGGUUGACUUUUCGCUCAAGAGUCUCUGCUCUGCUUUUGCUUAUCUUAUCACCACCUCGACAGGGAAAGUGUACCUUUGGAAGGGCCGCGGCUGCUCGGCUGAAGAGCUUUCUGGUGCACGUCUGAUGGGUAUGGACCUAGCACCCACUGGCGAUUACAGCGAGAUCGACGAGGGCGCGGAACCCCAGGAUUUUCUGAGUAGAACCUUCCCAUCCUCUCCAGUCCCGUCAAAAGGCCCUGCUAUUCCCCGGUCGGCAGACCAUUGGCGCUACAAAGCCACCUCGGAUAAAUACCGCGCGCGGCUCUACAAAGUGGAGCAAACGACGAUACAGCAGGCAGGCUGGGGCCAGGCACUUCAGGUGAGCAGCUCUUUCUUUGCGCCGCUCCUACGAAGACCGUCUUGGAACGCUGCUGAACAAAGGCCACAGACGCCGCUCACGCCCAAGUCGCCUCAGGGUAUUUUCAAGACGGAAGUCAAAGAGAUUAUGCCUUUCUCGCAAAGAGACUUGGAGCCGGAGAACAUCUAUGUACUUGAUGCGUUCUUCGAGAUGUACAUGUAA